AUGCGAGAUGGCUCGUACCCACGAAGCAGAAGGACCCCCUCCUUCUCUUCAUCUCUCCUUGACGCCAUUUACCGUUCCACCGACCAAUCAAAAUCAGAUCUUGAUGAAGAUUCUCAAUUGGGUCUCUGCAAGGAAGUUCACCACACGAAACAGAGCAACAUGAGCCGCAGCGGUGGAGUUUCUCUGGGAAAUGAAUAUGGCAAAGUCAGGGAUGUGAAACAUCUUCGCCGAUCAACAUUUAUGGUUGAAGAUUGGAUGGAGAAGCAGAGUUCCCACAGCUCUUCAGAGUGCAGUUCAGGAGGAUUCUUUUCGUCGUCGGAGACAGAGACGAGCUGUAAACAGAGAUCGAGGCCUAAAUCAGACAAGAGGCUGAACUCAGAGAAGCAAAAGAAACAGAAAGUGAAGCAACCGAUGUCACCAGGAAGUCGAAUAGCUAGUUUUUUGAGCUCUAUCUUCAACUAUGGAAGCGUGAAGAAGGCGAAAAUGUGCUACGUUGGGGCGGUGGAAGAUGUUAAUUUCGAGCAGAAAUGUCAGUCUCCAUGUGUUUCUUCCUCUGCUUCUUCAUAUUCAAGAAGGUCUUGCAUGAGCAAAACACCCUCUUGGGCUAAAAAGAACAAUGGCGUAAAGAGGAGCGUUAAAUUUUACCCCGUAAACAUAAUUCUGGGCGAGGAUUCUCAGCAUAAAUUUGUCUGCCAGAAUGAUCCAGAUAUAAUGCCAUUUCCUGGCAGUGCAGGAAAAAUCACAAGAAACUCUUCAACGAAGGAGGACGAGAAGAAGAAGCAGAAGAAGAAAAACUCUGUUAUGGCCAAAGAAAAUGGAUCAAGAAAGGGUGAGUUUGAUUUCAGAUUGUUGUACAAUCAUAAUGGCGAGGAGGAAGAAGAAGAUGAUGAUGAUGCUUUGAGCUGUUCAAGUUCGGAUCUUUUUGAGUUAGAUCAUCUGAUUGGAGGUGGAAGGAGGUACCAAGAAGAGCUUCCUGUUUAUGAAACUACUAAUCUGGAAACAAACAAGGCCAUUGCUAAUGGUUUGCGUUUGUAA